GCUCCGGCCCCUUGCACCCGGGGGCCGCGCAGCUUUGUUCUUGCGCAGCCGCUGGGCUGGCUGCUGGGCUGCUUUUCUCCCUUUUUCCUAGUUUUCUCUUCUCCCACACCUGUUUUAAGUUCUCUUGUCCUCUUCUAGAAGCUAAGUUCCCAGCUUCCCCUUUUUACUGCAUUGAUUUAGUUACUUGUUUUAGAACUAGUUCUGUCUUGGGACUCCGGGCCUGGGGGAAGCCCCCAGACUUACCACCGGUCUUGUCUACAGAUUGAGUUUGCUUGCUUUGAGGGAGGGUGGCUGGGGUUGCUGGCAGGUGCCCCUCGGGAGGGCGCUGCCUGGGCCGGCGUCUUCCCGGACACGCUGCUUCCAGGGGAUCCCACCCAGGACUCGAAACCCCGCUGACCUCCCUUUGCGCGGCUCCCACCAGGAAAUGUUCCAGUAGACCCUGACGCUGUCUUCCUGGCCAAGAAAUGCUUGUCUCCCAGCACAAGAGAGCUGUGGCCGGCCCACGAGGGAGCACGGCGGCCCUGUUCCUCCCGGUGCUGCUGCUGUGGGGCUCGGGCGGCGGCUGCCAGGCCCAAAGGGCAGGCUGCAAAAGUGUUCAGUACGACCUGGUCUUCCUCCUGGAUACGUCCUCCAGCGUGGGCAAGGAGGACUUCGGGAAGGUGCAGAGGUGGGUGGCCAACCUGGUGGACACCUUCGAGGUGGGACCCGAACACACCCGCGUGGGGGUCGUGCACUACAGCGACCAGCCCACCACAGCCUUCGAGCUGGGCCAGCUGGGCUCUCGGGAAGCAGUCAAGGCGGCCGCGCAGCUGCUGACCUACCACGGUGGCAAUACCAACACGGGCCACGCACUGCGCUUCAUCACCCGCCACAGCUUCUCCCCGCAGGCUGGCGGCCGCCCUGGGGACCGUGCCUUCAAGCAGGUGGCCAUCCUCCUGACCGAUGGCCGCAGCCAGGACCUGGUACUUGGUGCUGCAGCCGCUGCCCGUCGCGCAGGCAUCCGCGUCUUUGCCGUGGGCGUCGGGGAGGCCCUGCGGGAGGAGCUGGAGGAGAUGGCCUCUGAGCCCAAGGCUGCCCACGUCUUCCAUGUGUCCGACUUCAACGCCAUCGACAAGAUCCGGGGCAAGCUGAGGCGCCGCCUGUGUGAGAACGUGCUCUGCCCCAGUGUCCGUGUGGAAGGAGACCGCUUUAAGCACACCAAUGGAGAAACCAAGGAAAUCACAGGUUUUGACCUGAUGGAUUUGUUCAGAGUGAAGGAGAUUCUGGGGAAGAGAGAGAACGGAGCGCACAGCUCCUAUGUCCGGAUGGGGUCCUUCCCUGUGGUACAGAGGACGGAGGAUGUGUUCCCGCAGGGCCUGCCUGACGAGUACGCCCUUGUCGCCACCUUCCGGGUCAGGAAAGCGUCCCGGAAAGAAGACUGGCAUAUCUGGCAGGUCAUCGACCAGUACGGCAUCCCGCAGGUCUCCAUCCGGCUGGACGGAGAGAACAAGGCCGUGGAGUACAACGCUGUGGGCGCCGUGAAGGACGCCGUCAGGGUGGUCUUCCGCAGUCCCUGGGUCAACGACCUCUUCGACCGGGACUGGCACAAGCUCGCCCUGAGCAUCCAGGCCCAGAAUGUCUCCCUCUAUGUCGACUGUGCGCUGGUGCAGACGCUGCCCAUUGAGGAGAGAGAGAACAUCAACGUCCAGGGCAAGACCGUGCUCGGCAAGCGCCUCUACGACAGCGUGCCCAUUGACUUUGACCUGCAGCGCAUCGUGAUUUACUGUGACUCCCGACACGCGGAGUUGGAGACAUGCUGUGACAUCCCCUCUGGCCCGUGCCAGGUGGCUGUGCUGGCAGAGCCCUCGCCCCCGCCCCAGCCACCUCCUGUCACCAGCAGUGAACAGAUUGGAUUUUUGAAGACCAUCAACUGUUCCUGCCCAGCUGGAGAAAAGGGUGAAAAGGGCUCUGAUGGCCCCGUGGGACCCCCCGGCCCAAAGGGCGACUCGGGAGCCACCGGGCUGGCUGGAGCUCCAGGGCCCAAGGGAGAGAAAGGCGACAUGGGCCGAGGGUCUUCUGUCCAAGGAGGAAAGGGUGAGAAGGGGUCCCUGGGCCUGCCUGGUCCCCCUGGGAGAGACGGCAGCAAAGGCAUGAGGGGGGAGCCCGGGCUGCCCGGUGAGGUGGGCAUGCGGGGAUCCCAAGGACUGCCUGGACCUCCCGGACCUCCCGGAUAUGUUGGAGCUCCUGGCCUCCAAGGAGAACGGGGUGAAAAAGGGACUCGAGGAGAAAAGGGGGAGCGAGGCCUGGAUGGACUCCCUGGGAAGCACGGAGAGAUAGGAGAGCAGGGAAGACCUGGACCCCCUGGCAUGGCCGGGCCCCAGGGAGAGAAGGGAGACGUGGGGCCCGCAGGGCCUCCUGGCGUCCCGGGCUCUGUGAUGCAGAGAGAAGGUCUGAAAGGCGAGCAGGGAGCUCCGGGACCACGAGGCCACCAGGGCCCAGCUGGGCCGCCAGGAGCUCCGGGUCUGAUGGGUCCAGAGGGCAAGGACGGGCCUCCUGGUCUGCAAGGUCUCCGAGGGAAGAAAGGUGAAGUGGGCCCACCUGGGACCCCUGGAUUGCUCGGGCUGCAGGGCCCUCCAGGACCCCCUGGCAUCCCAGGCACCCCUGGACCCAGAGGCCCCCCGGGCUUGCCUGGCGAGAUCGGCUUCCCGGGAAAAGCUGGGCACCCGGGGCAGGCGGGGCCACCUGGAAAGGACGGGCCGAAUGGACCCCCGGGCCUGCCAGGACCCAAGGGAGAGCGUGGGCCUGGAGGAAGAGGAGAAGAUGGUCUGCCCGGGAAACCUGGCCUCAGGGGUGAAGUUGGGGAGCAGGGCCUGGCAGGCCGACCUGGAGAGAAGGGGGAGGCAGGCCUCCCAGGCACACCAGGACCCCCGGGCGUGAGGGGCGAGAGGGGAGAGCAGGGGGAGAGAGGUGAACGGGGCCUCCUGGGACCGAAAGGCGACCGAGGUGACAAGGGUGAAGCUGGCCCAGCAGGACCCCCUGGCUUACCUGGAACAACCUCCCUGUUCACACCACACCCGAGAAUGCCAGGAGAACAGGGGCCAAGAGGAGAGAAGGGCGACCCCGGCAUGCCCGGCAAACAGGGACCUCAGGGCCGUCCUGGAGAACUGGGGCCUCAGGGACCCACCGGACCGCCGGGUGCCAAGGGACAGGAAGGCACACGCGGGGCCCCUGGAGCAGCCGGAAGCCCCGGCACUCCUGGUCCCAGCGGCCCCCCUGGAAGCACGGGUGCCCCUGGCAGCAGAGGCCCCCCUGGGAAAGAGGGGGAGCGCGGUGAGAAGGGAGCAGCAGGCGAGGAAGGGCGCCCUGGAACAGCUGGCCCCAGGGGAGAUCCUGGCGCCCCUGGGCUCCCCGGGCCGCCUGGAAAGGGCGAAGAUGGAGAGGCGGGUCCUCGAGGGCCACCUGGAUCACCUGGGCCUCCAGGAGCCAAGGGAGAGCGAGGUGCACCUGGGAUCCCUGGCCCUCCUGGCAGCCAUGGCGACCCGGGCAUUGGGAUCGCCGGCCCCCCUGGCCCUUCAGGAUCUCCAGGAGACAAAGGGCCCCCGGGAUCUCGAGGCCCACCUGGAGUCCCCGGCCCCCAGGGACCAGCUGGCCAGGAUGGCCUACCAGGAAACGCAGGAGAAAGAGGGCCUCCUGGCAAACCGGGCCUCUCUCCACUACUGUCUCCAGGGGACAUAAAUCUCUUGGUUAAGGAUGUGUGCAGUGACUGCCCUCCAGGCCCCCCAGGCCCCCCUGGUCUGCCAGGUUUUAAAGGGGACAAAGGGCUCCCAGGAAAGCCAGGGAGAGAAGGCACAGAAGGGAAAAAGGGAGAUGCCGGGCCCAGGGGCCUCCCAGGGCCUCCGGGAAUAGCUGGGCCACAGGGAAGUAAAGGAGAUCACGGUGCAGACGGAGAGGCCGGCGGGAAGGGGGACCAGGGUCACCCAGGAGUUCCAGGUUUCAUGGGGCCUCCAGGGACCCCUGGACCACCAGGAGCCGAUGGAGUCGCGGGAGCUGCGGGACCGCCAGGCAUCCAGGGACUGCCGGGGAAAGAAGGUCCUCCUGGCCCACCAGGCCCGCCUGGAUUACCUGGAAUCCCAGGAGAAGAGGGCAGAGGGGGCAGAGACGGAAAGCCAGGUGCCCCCGGAGCGCCGGGCAAAACAGGAGAGCCGGGUGUGCCAGGACUGGAGGGAGCCCGAGGCCCGCCGGGCUUCAAGGGACACACAGGCGAUUCUGGUGUACCUGGUCCCCGGGGAGAGCCUGGUGUCAUGGGGCCCCCUGGCCGGGAAGGGACCCCAGGAAAAGAUGGUGACACUGGACCCACAGGGCCACAGGGUCCCCAAGGACUGAGGGGCCUUCCGGGUAAGAAUGGAUCCCCGGGAUCUCCAGGAGACCCUGGCCCCCCGGGAAACCCAGGUCAGAAGGGAAGCAAAGGAGAAAAUGGCAGCCCGGGGCUCCCUGGCUUCCUGGGGCCCCGGGGGCCUCAGGGAGGACCAGGAGAGAGCGGCGGCCCAGGCAAGGAGGGAGCCCCUGGGAAGCCCGGAGAACCAGGACCCAAAGGAGAAAGGGGGGAUCCCGGCAUCAGAGGUGACAAAGGACCUCCUGGUGGGAAGGGCCAGCCUGGGGACCCUGGAAUUCCAGGUCACAAAGGCCACACAGGCCUGAUGGGUCCCCAAGGGCCCCCUGGGGAGAAUGGAGUGACCGGGCCCCCAGGGCCUCCAGGCCAGCCAGGAUUUCCCGGACCGAGGGGGGAGCCUCCAGCCCUGGACACCCUGAGGCGGCUCAUCCAGGAGGAACUCGGGGAGCAGCUGGAAAUGCUCGGGGGAGAGCCUUCUCUGGGCGCAGGCUCCCAGGACCCCCCGGGACCCCCCUCAGGGGGCAGUGCUGACCCCUUUCCUGAGCACAAGGCAGCAGGCAAGCUAGAAGACACUCUCUGCAGGCGUGAAGUGCACAUUUUUCCCACAGGUGAGCGAGGAGCCAAAGGUGACCCAGGGGCACCUGGAGUUGGCCUCCGAGGCGAGAUGGGCCCCCCCGGAGUCCCAGGUCAACCCGGGGAGCCUGGCUAUGCUAAGGAUGGGCUCCCUGGGAGUCCCGGCCCUCGAGGGGAGACAGGAUCAGCUGGACACCCUGGCCCCCCAGGACCCCCGGGCACCCCUGGCCAGUGUGACCCCUCCCAGUGUGCCUACUUCGCCAGCCUCGCUGCCCGACCUGGGAAUGUGAAGGGCCCCUAGGGGGUUCCGGAAUGCCCAGAGACAGCGACAGAUUCCCGGAACUUGAACUCAGAGCCUGGUGGGAAGCCAGAGGUCUUAAAAUAUCUCAGCCAUGUGGGCUUUUUCUUUCUUUCUUUUAUCCUUUGUUUUUGUCUUAUUUUCUUAAGUGACCUCAACAUUAUUAAAACCAACAGAUGCUGCUGGUUGGUCAGAUUAUUAUUAAUAUUAUUAUUAAUUAUUUUUAUUAUUCUUUCAUAUGAUAAUGCUGUGUGUGUUUUCUCCCCCCUCUAAGGGUGGGAAACCUUGACUGUGGGGUGGCAGGUUGUUCCUGCAUUCUUCAGCCCCCAUCCGAAGUGUAGCCACGUAUCUUAAGGAAACUCUUGGUGCUAUGAAACACUGACUGGGCACUUGCGAAAUUUGCCGCUGUCCUCAAAGGACACCAAGGAAAUGAGGCACGGGGAUUCCACUCUUGGCCAUGCGCAUACAUCACCCAGGGAGAAAUUAUCCAAAAGUUGCCACUUCCCAGGAGAGACAAGCAAAGUGGGAAGAGAAAGAAUUCGAAGCCAUGAAGAACCUUCUCGGCCCCUGAUGGGAAGUGCACACAGGGAGCCCAGAAUCGUCCCGAGGGAGCUCAGUGCUCCAGGCUCCUAGCGGGGAGGCGGUGGCGCUGUGCUUGGCGAGGCCUCCUGGGGUCCUGUGUCUGGGCCACAGAUCCGGAGGCUGGCGUGGAGAAAACAGCCCCUGCGUGUUAAUUGGCUCCUAAGCCACAGACAGGACUCCUUCAAGCUUCUCACUGUUGGUUUCAAUCACUUUAAUUGUAAAAUCAGGGGGUCCAGCAACCGCGCCUGUGUUUCCCUGGUAGUGGGCAAUUGGCCAAAGCGCUGGCCAGAGCUGGGAAGUCUGUGCUUCCAUCUGCCUCUGAAAUGAACCGCACUGAGUGUAUGUGUGUAUGCGACACGCCCGGCAUGAGCAGGUGCUCAAUAAAUCCGAGUUUCCUUGUCCUCGC